AUGCAGUCGUCACCUAUCAAUCAUUCAUUGUUUCGUUACUGCACAUCAUCUAAGAAUACCAAAAUAAAUAGUGAAAGGUUUCAUAUAGAUAAGGAUUAUUUAUUUAGAAUGCAGAUCUUAGCUGGUAUACUCCUGGUUAUCGUUAGCGCAGUCAGUGCAUCCAAUAAAGGAGGAUAUGGUGGAGACGGAGGAUACGGAUACAGAAUCGGAGGUGGAUACGGAGGAUACGGAAUCGGUGGUGGAUACGGAGGAUACGGAAUCGGUGGUGGAUACGGAGGGUAUGGAAUCGGAGGUGGAUACGGCGGAGGAUUAGUUGGACUUGGUGGCGGAUUCGGCGGAGAAUUAGUUGGACUUAGUGGCGGAUUCGGAGGUGGACUCGGGGGUGGAUACGGUAAAGGAUACAAAAAAGCUAUUGUUGUCAAAGUACAUGUGAAGGGAUAUGGUGGUCAUGGUGUAGGAAUCGAUGGAAUCGGAGGUGGAUUAGGUGGUAUCGGAGGUGGAUUUGGUGGUAUCGGAGGUGGGUUUGGUGGUGUCGGAGGUGGACUUGGUGGUAUUGGUGGUGUAUUAGGAGGAAUCGGAGGUGGAUUAGGGAGUAAACUAGGUGGAUAUGGUUGUUUAAAUAGUUAUGCAUUUGGAAAAGACAAAGGAUAUUAA